CCCCGCAUUUCCCCAGCACCGCUCCGCCCCCCCCAAAGGGAGAGAGAGACCCAGGCUCAGCGAGAGGCAGGCGUGGAAGAGGAGGAAAGGAGAGCCCGAGCCUGAGGCUGAGGACGAGAGAUUGAGCGACCAAGCUCCAGAUAGCGACAGAAGUUUGAUAAGUGAAGAGGAGUCAGGAGCUCCCAGGACCGCUAGCCAGAGCCAGCAGCGGACACUGCCCUCUAGCCCAGCCCCGGGCUCCGGCCACCCCCGCCCCGCCGAGCCGGCUCCGGACCCCAUCCACGGGGAUCUGAAGGCGCUACACCUCCGCCGCCCCUAGCCCUGUCCUCUGGACCCAGGCUCGGGACUCCCGACAGUUUGUCUUAGCCCCUUCUCCGGACUUCGCCCGACCCGCAGCGAUCACGAUGAACAACAGUAACUACCCCGAGGGCCUCGGCGAGGAGAUGGAGGAGAUGCCGUCCACGGAGAAGGACCUGGCCGAGGACGCGCCGUGGAAGAAGAUCCAGCAAAACACCUUCACCCGCUGGUGUAACGAGCAUUUAAAGUGUGUGGGCAAGCGCCUGGGGGACCUGCAGAGGGACCUGAGCGAUGGCCUGCGCCUCAUCGCUCUGCUGGAGGUGCUGAGCCAGAAGCGCAUGUACCGCAAGUUCCACCCGCGGCCCAACUUUCGCCAGAUGAAGCUCGAAAACGUGUCCGUGGCUCUCGAAUUCUUGGAGCGCGAGCACAUCAAGCUCGUGUCCAUCGACAGCAAGGCCAUUGUGGAUGGGAACUUGAAGCUGAUCCUGGGUCUUAUCUGGACCCUGAUCCUCCACUACUCCAUCUCCAUGCCCAUGUGGGAGGAUGAGGAUGAUGAAGAUGCUCGCAAACAGACUCCCAAGCAGCGGUUACUUGGCUGGAUCCAGAAUAAGGUGCCCCAGUUGCCCAUCACCAACUUCAACAAAGACUGGCAGGAUGGCAAGGCCCUGGGGGCCCUGGUGGACAACUGUGCCCCUGGCCUGUGUCCCAACUGGGAGGCGUGGGAUCCCAACCAGCCAGUGGAGAAUGCCCGAGAGGCCAUGCAACAGGCUGAUGACUGGCUAGGGGUGCCACAGGUAAUUGCCCCUGAGGAGAUCGUGGACCCCAAUGUGGAUGAGCACUCCGUCAUGACCUACCUGUCCCAGUUCCCAAAGGCCAAGCUAAAACCUGGAGCCCCUGUUCGAUCCAAGCAGUUGAAUCCCAAGAAGGCCAUAGCCUAUGGGCCUGGCAUCGAACCUCAUGGGAACACAGUGCUUCAGCCAGCCCAUUUUACUGUGCAGACGGUGGAUGCAGGACUGGGGGAGGUACUGGUGUACAUUGAGGACCCCGAGGGCCACACUGAAGAGGCCAGAGUGGUUCCCAAUAAUGACAAGGACCGGACCUACGCUGUCUCCUACGUCCCCAAGGUGGCAGGGCUACACAAGGUGACAGUGCUCUUUGCCGGCCAAAAUAUCGAGCGCAGCCCCUUUGAGGUGAAUGUGGGCAUGGCCCUGGGUGAUGCUAACAAGGUGUCAGCUCGAGGACCUGGACUGGAGCCAGUGGGCAAUGUGGCCAACAAACCCACCUACUUUGAUAUCUACACUGCAGGGGCAGGAAACGGCGAUGUUUCCGUGGUGAUUGUUGACCCUCAGGGUCGGCGGGACACAGUGGAAGUGGCAUUGGAGGAUAAGGGUGACAGCACCUUCCGCUGCACCUACCGGCCUGUGCUUGAGGGGCCCCAUACAGUACACGUGGCCUUUGCUGGGUCUCCCAUCAGUCGAAGCCCUUUCCCUGUUCACGUGGCUGAAGCUUGCAACCCGAAUGCCUGCCGGGCAGCAGGCCGAGGCCUCCAGCCCAAGGGUGUCCGAGUGAAGGAGGUUGCAGAUUUCAAGGUGUUCACCAAGGGUGCGGGCAGUGGAGAGCUCAAAGUCACCGUGAAAGGGCCAAAGGGUACAGAGGAGCCAGUGAAGGUGCGGGAGGCAGGUGAUGGAGUGUUUGAAUGUGAAUACUAUCCUGUGGUACCUGGAAAAUAUGUGGUUACCAUCACAUGGGGUGGCUAUGCCAUCCCACGCAGCCCCUUUGAGGUGCAGGUGAGUCCUGAGGCUGGAGUCCAGAAAGUGCGGGCCUGGGGUCCUGGCCUGGAGACGGGCCAAGUGGGCAAGUCGGCUGACUUUGUGGUGGAGGCCAUCGGCACGGAGGUGGGAACUCUAGGCUUCUCCAUCGAAGGACCAUCCCAAGCUAAGAUUGAAUGUGAUGACAAGGGAGAUGGCUCCUGUGAUGUGCGUUACUGGCCUACAGAGCCAGGGGAGUACGCCGUCCAUGUCAUCUGUGAUGACGAAGAUAUCCGUGACUCUCCCUUCAUUGCUCACAUUCAGCCUGCCCCACCAGACUGUUUCCCCGACAAGGUGAAGGCCUUUGGACCAGGGCUAGAGCCUACAGGCUGCAUCGUGGACAAACCCGCAGAGUUCACCGUUGAUGCCCGGGCUGCUGGCAAGGGUGACCUCAAGCUCUAUGCCCAGGAUGCUGAAGGCUGCCCUAUUGAUAUCAAGGUGGUCCCCAAUGGAGAUGGCACUUUCCGAUGCUCCUACGUGCCCACCAAGCCCAUCAAGCAUACCAUCAUUGUCACCUGGGGAGGGGUCAACGUUCCCAAGAGCCCCUUCCGGGUAAAUGUGGGGGAGGGCAGUCACCCUGAGAAGGUGAGAGUGUAUGGUCCAGGAGUAGAGAAGACGGGCCUGAAGGCUAAUGAACCAACCUACUUCACUGUGGACUGCAGUGAAGCUGGACAAGGGGAUGUGAGCAUAGGCAUUAAGUGUGCCCCAGGCGUCGUGGGUCCUGCUGAAGCUGACAUUGACUUUGAUAUCAUCAAGAAUGACAAUGAUACCUUCACUGUCAAGUACACGCCCCCUGGGGCUGGCCACUACACUAUCAUGGUGCUGUUCGCUAACCAGGAAAUCCCGGCCAGCCCCUUCCACAUCAAAGUGGACCCAUCCCAUGAUGCCAGCAAGGUCAGAGCCGAGGGUCCAGGGCUCAACCGCACUGGUGUGGAAGUUGGGAAGCCAACACACUUUACUGUGCUGACUAAGGGUGCUGGUAAGGCCAAGCUGGAUGUUCACUUUGCUGGGGCAGCAAAGGGAGAGGCUGUUCGAGAUUUUGAGAUCAUUGACAACCAUGAUUAUUCCUACACUGUCAAGUAUACGGCUGUCCAGCAGGGUAACAUGGCAGUUACAGUGACUUAUGGUGGGGAUCCUGUUCCUAAAAGCCCCUUUGUGGUGAAUGUGGCACCCCCUCUGGACCUCAGCAAGGUCAAAGUUCAAGGCCUUAAUAGCAAGGUGGCUGUGGGACAGGAGCAGGCAUUCUCAGUGAACACUCGGGGUGCAGGAGGCCAGGGACAGUUAGAUGUACGGAUGACUUCACCCUCACGCCGCCCCAUCCCCUGCAAGCUGGAGCCAGGAGGUGGAGCAGAGGCUCAGAACGUUCGAUACAUGCCUCCCGAGGAGGGGCCUUACAAGGUGGACAUCACCUACGAUGGACACCCAGUGCCUGGCAGUCCCUUUGCUGUUGAGGGUGUCCUGCCCCCUGACCCUUCCAAGGUGUGCGCCUAUGGUCCUGGACUCAAGGGUGGCUUGGUGGGUACACCAGCACCAUUUUCCAUUGACACCAAGGGUGCAGGAACAGGGGGCCUGGGGCUGACAGUAGAAGGUCCCUGCGAGGCCAAGAUUGAAUGCCAGGAUAAUGGAGAUGGCUCAUGUGCGGUAAGCUAUCUGCCCACAGAGCCGGGCGAGUAUACCAUCAACAUCCUCUUUGCUGAGGCCCACAUUCCUGGCUCACCCUUCAAGGCAGACAUCCGACCAGUCUUUGACCCUAGCAAGGUUCGGGCUAGCGGGCCUGGGCUGGAGCGAGGUAAGGCUGGGGAAGCGGCCACCUUCACCGUGGACUGCUCAGAAGCGGGAGACGCCGAGCUGACCAUUGAGAUCCUGUCUGAUGCCGGAGUGAAAGCCGAGGUGCUGAUCCAUAACAAUGCCGAUGGCACCUACCACAUCACCUACAGUCCUGCUUUCCCUGGCAUCUACACCAUUACCAUCAAAUAUGGAGGACACCCUGUGCCCAAAUUCCCUUCCCGGGUUCACGUCCAGCCUGCGGUUGAUACUAGUGGCAUCAAGGUCUCUGGGCCUGGUGUGGAGCCCCAUGGUGUUCUCCGAGAGGUGACCACGGAGUUCACAGUAGAUGCUCGCUCCUUGACCGCUACAGGCGGGAACCACGUGACGGCCCGGGUGCUCAAUCCAUCAGGAGCUAAGACCGACACCUAUGUGACAGACAACGGGGAUGGCACCUACCGAGUGCAGUACACUGCCUAUGAAGAGGGAGUCCACUUAGUAGAGGUGUUGUAUGAUGAAGUGGCCGUUCCCAAGAGUCCAUUCCGAGUCGGUGUGACUGAAGGCUGUGACCCGUCCCGUGUCCGGGCCUAUGGGCCUGGCCUAGAGGGAGGGCUGGUCAACAAAGCAAACCGCUUCACUGUAGAGACCAGGGGAGCUGGCACUGGGGGCCUGGGCCUGGCUAUUGAGGGUCCCUCAGAGGCAAAGAUGUCCUGCAAAGACAACAAGGAUGGCAGCUGCAGUGUGGAGUAUAUCCCCUUCACCCCUGGAGACUAUGAUGUCAACAUCACCUUUGGAGGGCGGCCUAUCCCAGGGAGCCCAUUCCGAGUGCCUGUGAAGGAUGUGGUGGAUCCUGGAAAGGUGAAGUGUUCAGGCCCCGGUCUGGGAGCUGGUGUCCGAGCCAGAGUCCCCCAGACCUUCACAGUAGAUUGCAGUCAAGCUGGACGAGCCCCUCUACAAGUGGCAGUGGUAGGACCCACAGGAGUGGCGGAACCAGUCGAGGUGCGAGACAAGGGGGAUGGUACUCACACUGUGAACUAUACCCCAGCCACUGAUGGGCCAUACACUGUAGCUGUCAAGUACGCUGACCAGGAGGUGCCACGCAGCCCCUUUAAGAUCAAGGUGCUGCCAGCUCAUGAUGCCAGCAAGGUCCGAGCAAGUGGUCCUGGGCUCAAUGCUUCAGGCAUCCCAGCCAGCCUUCCUGUGGAGUUCACCAUCGAUGCCAGAGAUGCUGGAGAGGGACUGCUUACUGUCCAGAUUCUGGACCCUGAGGGCAAACCCAAGAAGGCAAAUAUCCGAGACAACGGAGACGGCACAUACACUGUAUCCUACCUGCCAGACAUGAGCGGCCGGUACACCAUCACCAUCAAGUAUGGUGGCGAUGAGAUCCCCUACUCCCCCUUCCGAAUCCAUGCCUUGCCCACUGGGGAUGCCAGCAAGUGCCUUGUCACUGUGUCCAUCGGCGGUCAUGGCCUAGGUGCAUGCCUGGGUCCCCGCAUCCAGAUUGGGGAGGAGACAGUCAUCACAGUGGACGCCAAGGCAGCAGGAAAGGGCAAGGUGACUUGCACGGUGUCCACCCCAGACGGGGCAGAACUGGAUGUGGAUGUUGUAGAAAACCACGACGGCACUUUUGACAUUUACUACACUGCCCCUGAGCCGGGCAAGUACGUCAUCACCAUCCGGUUUGGAGGAGAGCACAUCCCUAACAGUCCCUUCCAUGUGCUGGCCACAGAUGAGCCAGUGGUCCCAGCAGAGCCCAUGGAGUCCAUGUUGAGACCCUUCAACUUGGUUAUCCCAUUUACAGUCCAGAAGGGGGAGAUCACAGGAGAGGUGCGGAUGCCCUCAGGGAAGACUGCAAGGCCCAAUAUCACCGAUAAUAAGGAUGGCACCAUCACAGUGAGGUACGCACCCACAGAGAAGGGGCUGCACGAGAUGGGGAUCAAAUAUGACGGCAAUCACAUUCCUGGGAGCCCCAUGCAGUUCUAUGUUGAUGCCAUCAAUAGCCGCCACGUGAGUGCCUAUGGGCCAGGCUUGAGCCACGGCAUGGUCAACAAGCCAGCCACCUUCACAAUUGUCACCAAGGAUGCUGGGGAAGGGGGCCUGUCUCUUGCUGUGGAAGGCCCAUCUAAGGCAGAGAUCACCUGUAAAGACAAUAAGGAUGGCACCUGUACCGUAUCCUACCUCCCCACUGCUCCUGGGGACUACAGCAUCAUUGUCCGUUUUGAUGACAAGCACAUCCCCGGGAGUCCCUUCACUGCCAAAAUCACAGGUGAUGACUCAAUGCGGACUUCACAGUUGAAUGUGGGCACAUCCACGGACGUGUCCCUGAAGAUCACAGAGAGUGACCUGAGUCUGCUGACUGCCAGCAUUCGGGCUCCCUCAGGCAAUGAGGAGCCCUGCCUGCUCAAGAGGCUGCCUAACCGGCACAUUGGUAUCUCAUUCACACCCAAAGAGGUGGGCGAGCAUGUAGUGAGUGUUCGAAAGAGUGGGAAGCAUGUCACCAACAGCCCCUUCAAGAUUCUUGUGGGGCCUUCAGAGAUUGGUGAUGCUAGCAAGGUUCGAGUCUGGGGCAAAGGUCUGUCAGAAGGCCACACCUUCCAGGUGGCAGAAUUCAUCGUGGAUACAAGGAAUGCAGGCUAUGGCGGUCUGGGGCUGAGCAUCGAAGGUCCCAGCAAGGUGGACAUCAACUGUGAGGACAUGGAGGAUGGUACUUGCAAAGUGACCUACUGCCCCACCGAGCCUGGCAACUACACCAUCAACAUCAAGUUUGCUGACAAGCAUGUGCCCGGGAGCCCGUUCACUGUGAAGGUGACUGGUGAGGGGCGGAUGAAGGAGAGCAUCACACGCCGCAGGCAGGCGGCUUCCAUCGCCUCUGUGGGGAGCACGUGUGACCUCAACCUCAAGAUCCCAGGAAACUGGUUCCAGAUGGUUUCUGCCCAGGAGCGCCUGACCAGAACAUUCACAAGGAGUAGUCAUACAUAUACACGGACAGAGAGGACAGAGAUCAGCAAAACUCGGGGCGGGGAAACCAAGCGAGAGGUCAGGGUGGAGGAGUCCACUCAAGUCGGGGGAGACCCCUUCCCUGCCGUCUUUGGAGAUUUUCUGGGUCGUGAACGCCUUGGCUCUUUUGGCAGUAUUAGCAGACAACAGGAAGGUGAGGCAGGCUCUCAGGACAUGACAGCCCAGGUGACAAGCCCAUCAGGGAAGACAGAAGAUGCUGAGAUCCUGGAGGGAGAGAAUAGUGCCUACAGCGUGCGUUUUGUGCCCAAAGAGAUGGGGCCUCACACCGUCACUGUCAAGUAUCGUGGCCAGCAUGUGCCCGGCAGCCCCUUCCAGUUCACCGUGGGGCCCCUUGGUGAAGGGGGUGCCCACAAGGUGCGAGCCGGGGGCACAGGACUUGAGCGUGGUGUUGCUGGAGUACCAGCUGAAUUCAGCAUCUGGACUCGGGAGGCAGGUGCCGGAGGCCUAUCUAUUGCUGUGGAGGGGCCCAGCAAGGCCGAGAUCGCAUUUGAGGACCGCAAGGAUGGUUCCUGUGGUGUCUCCUACAUCGUGCAGGAGCCAGGUGACUAUGAGGUUUCCAUCAAGUUCAACGAUGAGCACAUCCCUGACAGCCCCUUCGUGGUUCCUGUGGCUUCCCUCUCUGAUGAUGCCCGACGCCUCACCGUUACUAGCCUCCAGGAGACUGGGCUGAAGGUGAACCAACCAGCUUCCUUUGCAGUACAGCUGAAUGGUGCCCGUGGUGUGAUUGAUGCCAGGGUCCAUACCCCCUCAGGGGCUGUUGAGGAGUGCUACGUCUCUGAGAUAGACAGCGACAAGCACACCAUCCGCUUCAUCCCUCAUGAGAAUGGUGUCCAUUCCAUCGAUGUCAAGUUCAAUGGUUCUCACAUCCCUGGGAGCCCCUUCAAGAUUCGAGUUGGAGAACAAAGCCAAGCUGGAGACCCAGGGCUGGUCUCAGCCUAUGGUCCUGGGCUUGAGGGAGGAACUACUGGUGUGUCCUCUGAGUUCAUUGUGAACACCUUGAAUGCAGGCUCAGGGGCCUUGUCUGUCACCAUUGAUGGCCCCUCCAAAGUGCAGCUGGACUGUCGGGAAUGCCCAGAGGGCCAUGUGGUCACCUAUACCCCUAUGGCCCCAGGCAACUACCUCAUCGCCAUCAAGUAUGGUGGCCCCCAGCAUAUUGUGGGCAGCCCCUUCAAGGCUAAAGUUACAGGUCCCCGGCUGUCAGGAGGGCACAGCCUUCAUGAAACCUCCACAGUGCUGGUGGAGACAGUGACCAAGUCAUCCUCCAGCCGUGGCUCCAGCUACAGCUCCAUCCCCAAGUUCUCCUCAGAUGCCAGCAAAGUGGUGACCAGGGGCCCCGGGCUGACCAAGGCCUUCAUAGGCCAGAAGAACUCCUUCACGGUGGACUGUAGCAAAGCAGGCACCAACAUGAUGAUGGUGGGUGUACAUGGGCCCAAGACUCCUUGUGAGGAAGUGUACGUGAAGCACAUGGGAAACAGAGUAUACAACGUCACCUACACUGUCAAGGAAAAGGGGGACUACAUCCUCAUUGUCAAGUGGGGAGAUGAAAGUGUCCCAGGCAGUCCCUUCAAGGUCAAUGUGCCCUGAGCCCCCAAACUGCCUCCCCCAGCCCCACAACCUCCCUGGCUAAAAACACAUACACACACACAACACACACACACACACACACACACACACACAGAUUUCCAAUACAGACAUGUGCAGAUGCACAGACACACCCAUAUACAUGAACACCUGAUUUGGGGAAAAGGCCUGUACUUGGACUGGGGGACCUGAAUGAACAGAUUCUCCCACUGACCCCUCUGGGAGAGCAGGGGAACUAUGUCUGCUGAUUGAAGACAUUGUCCCCUAGAAUGUGAUUCUGGUAGGAUGAGUGGAGACCCCCUUCUCCUUACCCCUAACCAGGGCCAGAGGGAUAGUGGGGAGGGACAUAUAUUGACAGAGCUGGGGGAAUUCAGGGGGUGCAUGUGUGUGACUGUGUGUGUGAUUGCCCCAAAGUGCACUGAUAACUAAGACCCUGGGACAGCUCCCCCUGCCUCCCUUCCCCAAACUUUUCUAGAACUCUUCCCCCUCCCCCCUGGAGACUGUGCUUUUCCCCUCUGACGGCCGGUAGUUUGUGGUGCUGAGGACUCUCAGAAGCUAAAGAAGAAAAACCAUUUGGAGAAAAGACUAGAGAUGGAGCAAGAGCAGCACCCUGGCUGUCCCUGGACUUGGGGGGUUUCGUACACUUCGCCCCGCCCAGCUUUGGGGAGGGCCUCGUUUUUUCCUGUUGUUAUUUUUCAUUGUUGCACAGCUCUGCCCCAAUGGGGGCCUUUUGUACACUUCUCGCAGCCCAGCAUGGAGCUAUUGGGUAAAAAAACAUCGAAGAAGCCCAAAUAAAGUAUGGCCUGUCGCAGAG